AUGUACUUUUAUUACUUUAGACAAGUGCAAUUUGAAUCAAUAUUAAACGAAAAUAGCAGUGAUGAAGAAGAGUUUAGUAUUCCAACAGCUCAGGCAAUCGCUGCAGUGCAAAAGCAACCAAGCAAUGACGGUUCUGCAAUGCAAAUUGACAAUUUUACUGAUAAAGACGAGAUCAUUUUAGCUAUGAUUUGGUCGAGCAAUCAACUGGGCGCAGCCUACUACAACAUUCUCACGUCCGAAUUGUUCGUGAUGGACGAUACCUACGAUGACAAUAUUCAUUUUAACAUCACCAAGACACUGUAUAAGCAAUGUCAACCGCGUUAUGUCGUCACGAUCUCCGGUACGUCCGACGAGUUUCUUGCAGCGCUCGAGACUUUGAUAACGUCGGAAACGUCAAGCGAAUUGAACAGAUCACCGGGAACGAGCAGUGCGGGGCUGACGCAGGUCUCGCUGAGGGUGAUGCGGAAGAGGGAAUACGGCUUCAACAGAUGCUAUCACAGAGUUCGAUGUCUCAAGCUCGAGUCGGAGCCGGCAAACGCCAACAACGUCGAGAGACUUAUCUUUCUUCAGGGCCUGUUGAAUUUCAAAUCGAUCGUCAUGAUACAUACGCUGGGUUUACUCUUGAUCUACAUUGAUCAACAUUGGAGCAAUAUCGCGUUGGAUCCUUCCGGCAGACCUAGUUUCGUAUCUUUAACUAGCAUAACAUUACGUGACAUUGUCAUGAUAAAUGACGAUACUUACGAGGCAUUAAAUAUCGUGCACGCCAGACAUCAUCCGAGUCUUUUCAAGUGUGGUGAUGCGGCAUCGAAAAAACAAAGUGGUAGCUUAUUCAUCCUUCUGAGCCGUUGCCAAUCGCGACCCGGAGCGCAAUAUUUGUGGAGAACAUUGCGACAUCCCACAAGAAACAUCGAAAUUCUUAAUCAAAGAUUCGAAGUCGUCGAGUUUUGCCUUAAUCCAGAUAACCAGAGUAUUGUCGAAAAUUUAAUGUCAUGUUUGAAACACAUUUAUCGUUUGACUAAUGUUAUUCUGGAUCGAUAUUUAGCGCAGCAAGCUAAAGUUUCUGAUUGGCGACGAUUGCACAAGACGAUAUCUUCCAUAAUUUAUAUCGCCGAUAUAUGUGAAAAACGCCAUGAAAAAGUAAAACUGUUUCGUAAAAUCGUCGAUAGUAUCACGAACGAAGUACGUUACGUCAAAUAUUUUAUCGAAUAUAUAGUGGACUUUAGCUCAAAGAAAUCCGAAAACGAUUUCAUCGUCCGAACAAACGUGGAUUCACACUUGGAUAAAUUGCAUCACAUAAGAGGCACUUUAUCCGAGACCCUGACACGAAUGGGAGAGAAAGAUAUGAAAGAUUAUCUUCCACCAUCGGUGACAACCUGCAAGAUGGUAUACAUACCGAAUAUUGGAUAUCUCUUAGCAAUAACUGGAUGGAAUCCAUCACCAGCCGACAAUGCGGAUUUGGAGAAUUUAGAAUUCAAAUUUGUUAGCAAUAAUAUACGUUAUUAUAAAAGUCCCAGUGCUAAAGAAUUAGACAAUACUGUAGGAGAUAUAUUAUUAAGGAUCAACAAGCGAGAGAGUUAUAUUAUACUGAAGCUCGUGAAAUAUAUAAAUAAACAUGCCGCAUCAAUCUUUAAUGCGAUUCAAUUGUGCGCUGAAUUAGACACGUUGUUGGCAUUUUAUGUAGUUGCUCGAGAAUACAAUUACAUAAAGCCGAAUAUGGUGGAACGCCAGAUUAUAGCUGUGGAACAAGGUCGUCACCCGUUGCAGGAAUUUCUAACAACCUUCGUUCCAAAUGACACCUAUUCCGGAGACGAAAAGAGCCGCAUAAAAAUUUUGACCGGUCCGAAUGCUUCUGGCAAGAGCACAUAUCUCAAACAAAUUGCACUUAUUGUAUUUAUGGCUCACAUCGGUUGCUAUGUACCGGCUAAAUCGGCCACUAUAGGAACAGUGACUCAUAUCCUGACCCAAAUUACGUCCGUGGACAGCAUUGCUCUAAAUGCGAGCAUGUUCUUGCAAGAUAUGCGACAGAUAAACUCCGCUCUCUACGCGGCCACGCCAAAUUCUAUCGUCAUUUUAGACGAAUUCGGAAACGGGACGUCCGAGGUGAGUGGCUUGUCAUUGCUCGCAGCUGUAUUAAAUAAUUUUGUCGAGCGCGGUAUUUACUGCCCACACGUUUUUGUGGCCACGCAUAUGCAUCGAAUAAUGAGCAUGUUGCCGCAAAAUCCGAUAAUCGAGGAACAGACUUUCGAGUUUGUCACAAACAACAACGGUUCCGUGGCGUAUCUUUAUCGUAUAACUUCUGGACACGCGACAUGUAGUUUCGCACAUGUAGCUGCGCGAAGUGCGGGUUUGGAUGAACGAAUUGUCAAGCGAGCAUUAGAGGUGUAUGAAAAAUUUAAAGUUGACGAGUUACCUCCACGACUACCAGAAGCUGCAGGCCAAGAGAGAGACAAAGCAACGAGAAUCAUUGAACGAUUAUUGGAAUCUAAGAAUUUUGAUCUGGAAGAGUUGAAAUCGUUGGUUCGUCAAGUCACGGAACAACAACAAAUUGUAAAAAAAUAAGGAAUAUUGAAAUCGG